CCAAAAUGUCUGCUAAUGCUAAAACCGACUAACAGCUCUUUCUAUUGGAAGAGGAUCCAUUUUGGACAAUUUGGUUUCCCGAAAAAUAUCAUUAUUCACUCACUUAACCUAGAAGAGCUGAAAGCACAGACCCCACCCCAUAUUCCCAUCUCUCUCUUCCCUGCAGUCUUUAAGAAAGUUAAUUCCAUAGCUGAUGACAUCAGCUCGGCCCAGACUUACUACGAGAAGAAGAUCGUGUCUGUCCAGGAGAACCUCCAGGAGCUCGAUCAGAAAUCCUUGGGGAACUGCUCCUUCUGCCAUGACACAGGGCAGCUGGGGCAGGAGAUAAGCAAGUUGCAGGAAGAGCUGGAGGAGAUUCAAAAGAUGCUCUUGGUGCAGGAGAUCCUGCUGGACCGGACCUCGCAGGGGUACCAGCAGCUCUCAUCCACCAGCAGCAAGAUCACCAGUGAGAUGGACGGCUGCUCGUUCUCCAUCCGGCAGGUCAACCAGACCUUGGGGCAUUUCCUCGCCCAGGUGAGAGGCUGGCAGGCGGCCACCUCGGCCCUGGAUGACUCCCUGAAGGGGCUGCUGCAGGAGCGGUACGACGUCAAGGCAGUGGUGGAGCAGAUGAACUUCACGGUGGGGCAGACCUCGGAGUGGAUCCACGCCAUCCAGCGGAAGACGGACGAGGAGACGCUGACACUGCAGAAGAUGGUGACCGAGUGGCAGAACUACACCCGGCUCUUUGGAAGCCUGAGGGCCACCUCCUCCAAGACCAGCGAGCUGGUCAAGAGCAUCCAAGCCAGCAUGAGCCUGGCCUCGCAGAGGAUCAGCCAGAACUCGGAAGGCAUGCAUGACCUGGUGCUGCAGGUGAUGGGGCUCCAGCUGCAGCUGGAUAAUAUCUCCUCCUUCCUGGACGACCACGAGGAGAACAUGCACGACCUGCAGUACCACACCAGGUACACGCAGAACCGGACGGCGGAGCAGUUCGAGACCCUGGAGGGGCGCAUGACCUCGCACGAGAUCGAGAUCAGCACCAUCUUCACCAACAUCAACGCCACAGACAGCCAUGUGCACAGCAUGCUCAAGUACCUGGACGACGUGCGGCUCUCCUGCACCUUGGGCUUCCACGCCCACGCCGAGGAGCUGUAUUACCUGAACAAGUCCGUCAGCCUGAUGCUGGGCACCACGGACCUGCUGCGGGAGCGGUUCAGCCUGCUCAGCGCCCGGCUGGACUUCGACAUCCGGAACCUGUCCAUGAUCAUGGAGGAAAUGAAAGUGGUGGACGUGAGGCAUGGGGAGAUCCUGCGCAACGUCACCAUCGUACGAGGUGUGCCUGGCCUCCCUGGACCCAGAGGACUCAAAGGCGACGUGGGAGUGAAGGGGCCCGCAGGAAGCAAGGGGGAGAAGGGAGAUGGCGGGGGCCUGGGUUCUCCCGGCCCGCCAGGCUCCAGAGGACCUCCAGGCAUCCCAGGCCCUCAAGGCGAGAGGGGACCUAUUGGCGUGAAAGGCGUACCGGGCUUUAAAGGCGCUAAGGGCAACUUUGGGCAAACUGGCCUCAAAGGACAGAUGGGCCUGAAAGGUGACACGGGCCCUCAGGGACCGGAGGGAGCUCCGGGGCCGGUGGGACCAGCAGGGCCGCAAGGGAAGCCAGGGAUCCCAGGGAAGCCAGGGUCGCCGGGCCAGCUUGGCCCCCCGGGUCCGAAGGGAGACCCCGGCGUGCGUGGGCCCCGAGGCUUACCGGGGCCACCGGGUGUCUAAGCCAGCCCCACGCGCAGCCCUGCCCUACGGGGGACGGCGAGGGGUGGUCUCUGCAGUGCUGAGGGGUGGCAGCUGGCCGGAGGCGCAUCCCAGGGCCCAUCACCAGCAUCCCCCUGGCCCUGCGGGAGAUUCAGCCGGCGAUCCCAGCAGGGAGCCCGACCCCCCGCAUCCCGCCUGGGACGUCCUGCCUGAGCAGAGCGGCUGGGAUCCCCGCUCACCUGCACAGCGCCCCCAGCAGGCAGCCCCCCUUGUUCGUUCACAUGCCCUCAGAGACAGCUGAGGGCAGCACGGCCUCCCGGAUGGGAAACCAGCGCUGUCCACGUCCUGCCCUUCCCUUUCCAAGAGCCUGCUUGUACCUGUCUGACCCAGACACGCGGGGCUGUUUGAAAGGCAAAGAGCUAAAUCUCCGUGUGUCAAUGGGAGUGUGUGUGUGAAAGAGACUGUGCUAGGCCUUGCCAACAACGCCCUGGGCUUUGCCCUGCAGCUGGGGAGCUGGGCCCAAGCAGGCUUCCCAUGUCUCUCGUUUGCUGGCAGAGCCUGGGUGUUUUGCUGCCUCGCACAGACCGACGUGCCUCCGGUCGCUUCAUUGCCUUGGUUUCCAUCAUCCGCUUCUUUCCCUACCUCCUCUGCUCCAGCCCUCGCUCACUGCAAGUGGGUCUGGGCACCACGCCCUCAUGCCACACCUGGUCGGGGCUGUCUCUGAGCAUCCUACAGUUCUGUAUUUGGACACGUUGAUUCUCCCUCCUGACCCACUUGGCAGCCAGUUGGGCUUGGUCCAGAUGGCCUCAGCUGUCGGUACCCGUUCAGCUCCUGGUGGGCACAAUCACCCACCAUCUCAGCUGGCACCCUCACUGGCCGCUUGCAAUAGAGGGGCCAAGGAUCGAACGGGCCCUGGAAUCCCUGCUCCCCCUGAAAAGGGCUCCCUCCAAGUCAAGAUGGAGGGAUUUGGGGAGCAGACACUGUGCCCUAGGCAGCCAAGCCAGCAGGCUCCGAAUUCACAUUUAAAACCUCCAGCCCCUUUGCAUUGAGAGCCCCUGAGAAGGAUGCUGACAAACUGCAGUGGGGUCAGAGAGGAGCCAUGGCUGAUUAAAGGAUCAGAGAACAUGUGCUCUAGUGAUAGACGCAAGGAGCUCAAUCUAGUUAGCUUCACAGAGAGACGGCCAGGGGGUGACUUGAUCCCAGGCUGUAAGUAUUCAGUAAUGGGCAGAGGAAGGUCUAACACGACCCAACGGCUGGGGGUUGAAGCGAGACACAUUCAGACUGGAAAUAAGAUGUACAGUUUAGAAAGUGAGGGUAAUUAACCCUUGGAGCAACUUACCACGGGCUGUGCUGGAUUUGUCAUCAGUGCCAUGUUUAAAUCAUGAUUGGACGUUUGUCUAAAAGCUCUGGGGCAGGUCUCUGGCCUGGGUCAUGCCGGGUGGAUGGGGAGGAAGGGGUCAGAUUAGUUGAUCGCAGUGGGCCCUCCUGGCCUUGGGAGCCAUGAAAAGCUCCUUGGACAGCUACAGAGGCCCUGGGUGAGCUGCUGAAAGCCGCGUGCUGAGCCAGUGGUCGGGGUGGAGUUAGAACCGAAGCCCCCGACGCCCAGGCCGGUGGCUGAUCAAGAGGAGCACGGCUCCCUCCGUGGCUGGUCUGAACAGCUCGGCUCAGGAAUCGUGUUUCGAUCACCCAGUGCUCACGGUCUGGCAGAACCUGGGUGGGCGUCAGUGAGAGGCUAGGAAGGGGUCACCCAGCAAGUCAGCACAGAACAGCUGGGAACCGAACCCCGGUCUCCGGAUUCUGGCUGCGGGAAGCGGCAGCACCUGGCAGUGGUGCAGGACCUUGCGCCCGGUGGUGGGAGCCAGAAGACCAGGGUUUCACAGGAAUUGGCAGACUGGCGCGGCCCUGCGGCCCAGCUAACCCAGCAUCCUGGCUCAGGCCGCAGUAGCACCAGAUGUUUCAGAGGAAGGUCUGAGACCCUCCCCUCAGCUGCUGAUGAGGGAGUAUCUGCCCCUGAUAUCGGGCUAAUCCUGAUCUCUAACAGUUAGAAGUCUGGUAUCAGAGGGGUAGCCGUGUUAGUCUGAAUCUGUAAAAAGCAACAGAGGGUCCUGUGGCACCUUUAAGACUAACAGAAGUAUUGGGAGCAUAAGCUUU